AAGGACAAAACUCGGCACUUUAACUUCGACUUCACCUGAAACCAUGGAAGCUUCAACCGCUCUCUCUCCUCAUCCUCAACUUCCACCGUCGCAAUUCGAACCAGACGUCGAGAAAAUCAAACGCAAUCUCCUCCGGAAGGGUGGCUUUCCAACUCCCAAAAUCAUCCGUACCCUCCGCAAGAAAGAAAUUCAGAAACACAACCGGAAACUCCAGAAGUCUAAGUACGAAACACCAUCCAUCUCCCCCUCCCAGCUGCAGUCCCUCGCCGAAGAAUCCCAUUUCCACACCCUAAAGCGGGAGUACAAACGCUUCACUAAAGCCAUUGAUGGCAGAACUAAGAGCGAAAGCUCUUCCCUUUUGUUGGUUGGGAAGCCAUGGGAGAGAAUUGAGAAGGCGAAGUUGCUCGAGCUUGCUAGCGGAGAUAGGGAGUUCGAUGGGGAGAGUUUGAAGAGAGAAAGUCUUGGGGAACUGAGGGAGAUGUUCGAGCAGGACUUGCGGUGGGUUCUGGAUGAUGAUGUCGAGGUGGAAGGUAAGGAUUUGCUGCAACGGAGAGAUAAGCGAGCGUGGGAUCCGGCAAGACGGUGGGGCAGUGAGAAAGAGGCAAUUCGGAUUCUUGUUGUUAGGUUGAGUGAGAGAGAGAUAACCCAGGGGCACUGGAAGUUCGUGAGGAUAAUGAAGCAGUCGGGAUUGCCCUUUACAGAAGGGCAGUUGCUUAGGAUUGUUGAGGGACUUGGAAAGAACGGAAGAUGGAGGCAAGCAAUGGCUGUUGUGGAGUGGGUUUAUCGUGAUAAGGAGCAUAGAGGUUUAAAGAGCAGGUUUGUCUACACAAAACUAUUGUCAGUUCUUGGGAAGGCAAGGAGGCCUCAGGAAGCUCUGCAAGUUUUCAAUACAAUGCGUGGAGACUGCCUUACAUAUCCUGAUAUGGCUACAUACCAUAGCAUUGCUGUGACACUUGGUCAGGCUGGGCUUCUGAAAGAACUUAUGCACAUAGUUGAAAGCAUGAGGAAGAAACCUACUAAAAACAUUAAAAAUAUGAACAACAAGAACUGGGAUCCUGUGCUUGAACCUGACUUGGUUGUAUAUAAUGCUGUUUUGAAUGCUUGUGUUCCACUGCAACAAUGGAAGGGUGUUUCUUGGGUGUUUGAACAAUUGAGAAAGACUGGUCUGAAACCUAAUGGAGCAACAUACGGGCUUGCAAUGGAGGUAAUGUUGCAAUCUGGAAAGUAUGAUCUUGUACACGAGUUGUUUAGAAGAAUGAAAAGAAGUGGUGAAGCUCCAAAAGCACUUACUUAUAGAGUUCUAGUGAAAGCUUUUUGGGAGGAAGGAAAAAUUGAAGAGGCUGUGGCAGCAGUCCAGGAUAUGGAACAGAGGGGAUUAGUUGGAAAAGCCGGUGUUUAUUAUGAGUUAGCUUGUUGCCUUUGUAGCACCGGGAGGUGGCAAGAUGCUCUAACAGAGGUGGACAAGAUUAGAAAACUCACUGAUAGGAGACCUAUGGAGAUUACAUUCACUGGUCUGAUAAUGGCUUGCUUGGAUAGUGGAUAUUUUGAUGAUUGUAUAUCUAUAUUUCAACACAUGAAAGACCAUUGUUCACCCAACAUAGGAACAAUAAAUGUCAUGCUAAAAGUUUAUGGCCAAAAUGAUAUGUUUCCUAAUGCCAAAGAGUUGUUUGAAGAAAUUAAGAGAGCUAAAUCUGGUGCUUCUACUUCCCCAAAUGGAAAUUUUACUUCCAUUAUCCCAGAUGAAUAUACAUAUACUUCGAUGCUUGAGGCAUCUGCUAGUGCACACCAAUGGGAAUAUUUUGAGUAUGUCUACAAGGAGAUGGUUCUCUCUGGGUAUCAGCUAGAUCAAACUAAACAUGGGUUGCUACUUGUGGAAGCAUCUAGAGCUGGGAAGUGUCAUCUUCUCGAGCAUGCAUUUGACUCACUUUUGGACUCUGGAGAGAUUCCUAAUUCAUUAUUCUUUACUGAGAUUUUAAUUGAAGCUAUUGGUCAAAGAAAUUAUGAGAAAGCUCUGAACCUGCUAAAUGCCAUGGCUUAUGCCCCUUUUCAAGUCAGUGAAAAGCAGUGGACUGACCUUCUUAAUGAAAAUGGAGACAAGAUUAGUCAGGAUGGCGUAAGGAAACUGUUGAAUGCUCUGAGCAACUCGGAAUUAUCAUCAGAAAUCACAGCCUCAAACUUGUUAAGUUCAUUGCAAGCUAUUCUAGGUUCUGCCACAUCAAGAGAUCCCUUAAAUUUCGAUUCCUUUGAUAGCGAAGCUACUAGUAAAUCUUGUAACAACAGGAGAAUUCAUGGUAAUGGAAGUGUGAAAAUGCUGAGUGCUACAGAUAUGACAGGUAAUGUAACCUUGGAUCCUCCUGAAAAGGCAACUGAUGUCACAUCUGAUUUAUUUCCAGCUAGCUACUCUGGAAAUGUUGAAGAGAAUGUUGCUGAUAUUGAGAUUGUCUCCUGGCCACUCAAUUCUGAUAUGAACAAUGAUGUUGCAUCAUCUGUUGAGCCUAUCGAUUGUUUUGUAAAGAAGCUCUUUGCUAAAGAUAUGGGUGGAUAUUCCAGUGAUGUUGAUGAGGCAGAAACUGACUUGCCUAUCAAUGAUACUGGCAGUAGUCUCACAUCAAAGUUGCCUGCUGCACAUGAGAUAUUGGAAGCAUGGAAGGAAAGUCAGAAAUCUAAUGGGAUUUUCUUUCCCAUCCAUUGAAGCGGAAGUUAUCCCCACCACUUGAUUUUCAUUUUCUUAACUCUUAAGUUUUGCCAUUACCGAACAACUCUACCACAUGACGGGAUUCUUUGAUCAGUGAAUCAAGCAGGAAGGGCAACAUAAAUACUCAUUGCAGGAGGUUCGCUUGUAAAGUUUGGACAAGAAGAUUCAUCACAAACGCUCCAAAGGCUAUUGCAUUAGGACAUGCUUUUUGAUUAGUUGCAUAUUAAUUUUGCCUAUUUCAUGAAAAAAAAAAAAAAAAGGAAAAGAAGAAGAAGAAGAAGAAGAAGAAGAUUCAGGCAUCAAUGAUAUGAGAUGCAAGAAGCUCCAAAUGCUAGUCAGGCCGAUCACUAAUAAAGAUUGCUCCCAGUGACUUAGUGCCUGCAAGGAAAGCAUGUUUUGAGAUUGAUGCCUUCAGGUUGAAAGAUUUGAAAACAAAAGGUCGCUUGAUGUUGAUGGAGGCUGAGAACUUAGCUGAAUUUGCCAGCAAGCUCAUGCUCGAGAGCGGAGGUAGGAAACAUGAAAAGAUGCAGAGUUAGGUUGAGCUGAACCUAGGAUAUACCUUGGGAACUUGGAGUUAGCUGGAUUUGCUUAUCUGGAGGUUAUUAAUACCUCUGGAAUAUCCAUGUAAAACUUAUUUCCUGCGUUACUUGCCCCAUGGCUUCAAAUGUUGUGGCUUAUAGAUUUGUGAAUGCAUAUAUUCAUCAUCUUGUCAAAAUUUCAUCAGUGUAUCUUCAUGUUUAUGGGAACCUCAUUGCAAUAAUUAAGAGAUUGAGAU